GGCCGUCGAUGCGCAGACGCCGCUGCAGUUUAGCACCCCAAUGCCCAUCUCGCUCACGCUCAACGGCAGCGGUCCCGUGACGCAGGUCCUCUCGAGCGACCGCGCGACGUCGCUCUCGGUGCACAUUGCGUCGAUGCGGCUUCCGCCGGGCGCAACGCUGACGAUCGGUACCGAAGACGGCCGCGACAAAGUCGUGUACACGGGCGACCUCGACGACGUCUACUCGGCCGUCUUCACGCAGCCGCGCCUUCUUCUCAACUACUCAUCGCCGACGUACUCGACCGGCAGCAGCGCGCCGAUCGUGACGAUCGACACGUACUUUGCAGGCGGCGCAGGCGGUAGUGCCGAGUCCAUCUGCACGUCGACGGGCGACGCCUCGCAGCCGGCAGCGUGCUACGUGAGCGAUGCAGCCAAGACCAAGGCGUCCAAGGCCGUCGCACGGCUGCUCAUGAGUGGCUCCACGCUCUGCACCGGCUGGCUCUUUGGCUCGAGCGGGCACCUGCUCACCAACAACCACUGCGUCCCGACAGCAGCGGUCGCCGCGAAAACGUCGGUCGAGCUCGGCGCGGCCUGCGCGACCUGCAACGACCCGAGCAACAACGUGCAGCUCGCGUGCAAGGGCACGACUGUCGCGUCGAGCGCGACGCUGGUCGCGACGAACGCCGAGUUGGACUUUUCGCUUCUCAAACUCAAUCUCAACGCGGGCGUCGACGUGUCCAGCUAUGGGUACCUCCAGGCACGCGAGAGCGCCACCGUGCUCAACGAGCCCGUUUGGCUCGUCGGCCAUCCGGGCGGCAACCCACUGCGCAUUGCGACAGUGGUCGAAGGCAGCGCGACAGGCUCGAUCGUGUCGCUGAACGUGCCCAACAGCUGCCAGAUGAACGAGGUCGGGUACCUCCUCGACACGCAAGGCGGCUCGUCGGGCUCGCCGGUCCUGAGCACCACGGACAACAGCGUCAUUGCGCUCCACAACUGCGGCGGCUGCAACGCCGCGACAACAUCCAACGGUGGCAUCCCGAUCGCAAGCAUCCUCGCGUAUCUGCGGACCAACGGCAUCCCGCUGCCGCCCAACAGCAUCAUGCCGACGCUGACGCCUACACCGACGCCGACACCGACGCCGACACCGACGCCUACACCGACGCCGACGCCCACACCGACGCCGACACCUACACCGACGCCGACAUUGACGCCGAUUCGACUCUGCACCGUCUCGAACCGCGCCGUCUUCGAGUACUACUCGGGUGUCUACUACGGGUCCCCGAGCUUUAGCGCGAACGAGCAGUGGACAUACGACCCAUCGACCGGUGCGGUCCGCGUCGCCAGCAACGGCCAGUGUCUCGACACGUGGAGCAGUGACGGCGGCGCGUCCUACCACCUCCACACGUACGCCUGCGACGCAUCCAACGCCAACCAGCGCUGGACGAUCGCCAACGGCCAAGUGCAGCACCGCACCUACGGCGUCUGCCUCACGACAGUAUCUGGUGCCACCGCGAUCGGCGUGGCCCGCUGCGACGUUAGCGCCGUGCGCCAGUGGAUCUCGCCAUCCAACUGCCAGAGCUCGUCGACCGUCCGCAGCUUUGUGCAGCUUACGACCUCCACGCAGCGCGUCGUCUCCGAGUGGUACACGUCGGUGCUCGCAAAGGCGCCCAAUGGCGGCUGGACCGAGCUCUGGGAGCAAGUCGCGGGCGGCGGUCUCCGGUCGUACAGCAACGGGCAGUGUCUUGACGCGUAUCAAGCCGGCAGUAGCUACAAGCUGCACACGUACGGCUGCGACGCCAACAACGCCAACCAAAAGUGGAUCGUCGGCAACGGCCAGAUCAAGCACGCGACGCACCCAAACCUGUGCUUGGACGUCGACCCGACCGACGCGAACUCGGCGGCGCAGGUCUGGACGUGCUAUGCCAACGCCAUCAACCAGCGCUUUAGCGUCGUCGCCUUCGAGUAGAUGCUCUCGUAAUGGUAGACGAUUCGUACAUCA